AUGCACCAUCCCCCAUACACCAUCCCCCAUGCACCAUCCCCCAUGUACCAUCCCCCAUCCACCAUGCGCCAUCCCCCAUGCACCAUCCCCCAUCCCCCAUGCACCAUCCCCCAUGCACCAUCCCCCAUGCACCAUCCCCCAUGCACCAUCCGCCAUGCACCAUCCCCCAUGCACCAUCCGCCAUGCACCAUGCCCCAACCACGCCCGCAGUGCUUCUUCCCGGAGCAUCUCCUUCCCUUCCUCUGCCGGCCCUUCUUCGUUCUCAACCCCCUCUACGACUCCUGGCAGGUGUCUUUCUCAUUCGCCCAGCAGCAUGCCUUCCCCUCUCUGGAUUGGCACCACUGCCGCACUGACCUGCGCUCCUGCCCGCCCCACCUGCUGCAGCUGCUCCACGGGUACCACCACCAGAUGGUUACCAAGCUCUCCCCCUUUCUCCCUGCCACGCACUCUCUUAGCCCUCCUCCCCACCAUCGCCGCCGCCUGACUUUGGUGGAAGGCGGAGGGAUUGGUGUUGAGGAGGGAGGUACGGAGGAGGUAGGGGAAAAGAACAUAGGGGAUGGUGAUGGUGAGGAGGAGGAAGGGGGUGAUGGCGAGAGUAAGAGCGGGGAGGAGACGGGAGGUGAGAAUGAGAGAGGGAGUGAGGAGGAGAAGGGAAGUGAGGAGGAGUCGGAGAGUGAAGAGAAAAGGGGGGGUGAAGAGGAGAAGGAAGAGAAUGAGGAGGCAAAAGAAACUGAGGGUGGUGCACGUGUGGAGGGGAAUGAGGAGGAGGAAGAAGGGGAGCAGGAGGAGAAGCCGAGUGCAGAUGAGAGGGCUGACUUGGGAUAUCACAAGGGGCUGGAAGUUGGAGAAAUGGGGAGGGAUUUUGAAGCGAUGAAGAGGGAUGGGCUUGGUGUUGUGGAGGGCGAGGCUUUCCGCUCCCAGGAAGGAGGGGUCUCCGCCUCUGCCUCGCGCAAUGGAGCUCUGCUGUUGUCCUGCCAUCUGCACUGCAUGGUGAGUGGCACUGCAUGGCACUGGCAUCGCAAGCAUGGCACGGGGCUGGUGCUCCUCGUGUUGGGGGCAAGACAAUGGCAGAAGCUAUUGGUGACUGGUCAAACCGUGGUGACUGGACCCAACAACCCGGCGGUGAACCUGGACAAGGCCAAGGGCGAGAAUGGCGUGGCAACCGAGGUCCCUCCUGGCAUCGAGAAGGCGGCGGCCGCCGGCGGGCUUGACAAGUUCGAGGGAACGACGAUCGUGAGCUCGAGCACGGACAGUAUUCUGAUGGUGGACGUGAAGGUUGCGGGAUGGAACAAAAUGAAGUGCCACAAGGACCUGGGCAAGCCCGGGGAGGGCGCGUGCACGCCGGCCAACUGCAGCAAGGGCGGCAUCGCCGCCAAGUGGAAGACGUCGAACCUGCUGAAGAACAAGCUGGGCGUGGAGGUGUACGUGAAGGGCAACCCGCUGACGCUGAAGAAGGCGUCCCCGCAGACGUGCUGCAACACGUGCGCGGGGUACAGCAGCUGCACGUACUGGCAGUACAUCCCCGACAUCACGAUCGACGGCAAGAAGACGGAGGGCGCAUGCUACCUGGUGCACGACAACAUCGACUACUCGUGCGGCGACAUGACGGCGCAGUACGCCACCGACUCGAAGCCGGUUCAUCUGCAGGUGCGCACGGGCGGCGAGUGCAACCCCGCGGCAAACGUGGUGAACGACCCGCAUCUGGUGGGCGCGUACGGCACGCACUUCGACUUCAACGGGCGCCCCGACAAGGCGUUCUGCCUGCUGACGGACAAGGACCUGCACGUGAACAUGCUGCUGCGCGGGUACUACUCGGACGACACGGAGAACGCGGCGCUCGUUGUGGACGGCAAGGCCGUGCACACGUGGAUUAAGGAGCUGGGCAUCGUGUGGUUCGCCAACGGUGCCGACCACAAGGUGCGGCUCGCGGCGCGCUCUGGCAAACAGCAGGAGCGCGGCGACGGAUUCAUGAAGACGAUCGAGAUUGGCGGCGAGGAGAUCCCGAGGAUGAACGUGGGCGACGAGGUGACGGCGGAGGGCGGUCUGACUCUGCGGUUCGCGGCGCUGGAGAAGGAGGGCCCGUAUGACGUGGACUACUACACGCUCGCGAUCGACGGGCUCGUGACGCUCGACCUGCGCCUGCGCGUGGCCAACCCCAAGCUGCAGACGCCCAGCGAGGCCGAGGCGCACAUCAACGUGGGGAUUGUAGAGCUGGAGCACACCGACGACGUGCACGGCGUGCUCGGCCAAACGUACCGCCCCGACCACGCCGCUCGCGCCGCCGACUUCCAGCGCCUGAUCGCGAACCUGCACCGUCCGAUCUCGGCCGACAGCCAGGAGGGCGCUGGGUUCCUUGACGGCACUCCCCGGCUGUACGAGUCGAGCUCCGUGCUGUCCGUGGACUGCGCGCAAACCGAGUACCACCGCGCCAAGCAGCUGAGCCCCGUCGAGGAGUUCCCCAUGGAGCCCCUCAACUAA